AUGUCUCGAUCCUUUUACGUUGACUCUUUGAUCAUCAAAGACUCGGUCAGACCUACUCCUAUCUUGAACGAUCAUGGCCAAGACUUUUUGAUCCCCAUCAGCGUCCACUCCUCCCCAACCGUGAUGUCUGUCUCUGCUCCGGUCUGCCCGUCCAGGAAGACGGGCACUUUUUGUGUCUGUCCUCUGUGCGUCACGUCUCACAUCCAUUCGUCCCGGAGUGGGAUCCCACUGCUGAAAAGCCAGUUCCCAAACGGAGAACCGCAGUACUGUCAGCGAAUCAACCAACAGCCAAGCUCUGGGCUCGGGCAUCCACCUGUCUGCACACCCACCUAUAGCAUGACGGACCCCAGGAGAUAUCACUGCCUCACCGUGGGUCCUGAAAAUAACAGCCACUUACAGAACGGUAAACGCAUGAGGACGGCCUUCACCAGCACACAGCUCCUGGAGUUGGAGAGGGAAUUUGCCUCCAACAUGUACCUGUCCAGGCUUCGCAGGAUUGAAAUCGCCACCUACCUGAACCUGUCUGAGAAGCAGGUGAAGAUCUGGUUCCAGAAUCGGCGCGUCAAGCACAAGAAGGAGGGCAAGGGCACCCCGAGGAGCGCACACAGCACCUGCAAGUGCACCAGCCAGGCUCACUGCCUGCGCUCCGAGGAUGAGGGAUCUCUCUCCCCAUCAUCAUCCGGCAAAGAUGACAAAGAUAUGUCACCGGCAUAG